GGCAGAUUCCUGGCUGGUCAAUUAGCUUAUCAUUCACUUCCAAUAGAGAGCCCUUUACACAACAUCUCAAAAUAUAGGAAGCAUCACUCGUGCACACUUUACACAAAGCUGUGUUAGCUUCAAAGUGUUAUGCAUUUUUUUUACGCUUUCCAGUGACCUUGAUCUCACUCCGAUUAGACUUCCCCACAUUGAAAUCGACUGUGGUAACUCCUUUCUCCUUUAAAGCCACAUAAGUCGGAGCCAAGCUGAUUACGCAUAACCCGUUUGCACCGCGAUAAAUCUACUGAUCGUGUGCUGGCUUCAUAAAAUCUGGAACGAAGUAGCAAACGAAGUUGGCCUCGAUCGCAGAAGGAGGGGUAACUGGGAGGUCUCGAAGAUCUGGAACCACAAGCUCGUGCAGUUCCUGGUCUUCUUUUGAUCUUUCUUGUUGGACGUGUUGUCACAAAAAGAGGCAGAGAGAGUGUGUCAUUUUUGUUGUUGUUGUUGGCAGAGUCGUCCAUGGAAAACUAGCCAAAAGAGAAAGCACCCAGAGAGAGAACAGAACAGGAGCUACAAAUUACUAAAAAAGGAAUAUAUCAUCUUCAACUGUUAGUACAUACGACGAUAUCUCCCACACCUAAACUACCGUACGUCUGAGAAGGUACAUCUAUAAUCAUUACAUUAAUUUUUGAAUAUUCUUCUGUUGGUGGAUUGAUUUUUCUCAUGCAAGUUCCAUGAGUCAACUGCAUUUUGAUUUGUAUUUUCUUUUGAAGCAGUCACAUGAUCUUUAGCAAAAAAGUGAAUAUUUAUUUAUUAAAUUUUUCUUUUUAAUCUAUUGAUUUUUCUGCUUCUGUUCCUUAUGAAUAUAAGGGUUAUAUAUGGUGUAAGAAGGUCAGUUGAAGCUCAGCCUAUCCUUACACACAGAUCGACUUGCAGCUUAGGAUCAGGUUAUGCCUCUCUGAGCACACCAGGAUAUCACAGGGCUUGGCAUGUAGUACCAGGGUCAACCCUUGAAAAAUUUUAUGCUUUUGUCAGAUCUAAUAUCAUCUGUUACAUUGUAUAAAUAAUACUGGGUAAAUUACACUUAGACUGCUUUAGGUUUCUAACACUGCACGUACCCUUCCUUUAGUAACAAGUCACUCAAAUUACUCUUUUCUCCUUUGCAUUGUUUUACUCUUCUCCUUCAUUCCAUUUUUCUCUUCAUCACUUACUUUUUGGUUUUGUUGCCUUUACUGGAGCAGUGUGCAUGGCUUUUGUUUGUUUUUUCUUUCUAUACUUUUUGGAAUGUCGUCUGUGAUUUAUGCUGUUUAACUUUUGUUUCAUGUCGUCGGAGGUACACUGCAACUUCUACCCUGCACUUAACUCACCUUCUUUCUCGACCUCAACAGUUAGUUUCUUAGGUCACUUGCAAAGACUCCAAUUAUUUAUAUCAUUAACUGCAGCAGCAAUGGCGAAUUCAGCUGAUGAGAAUGUAAUUGUAGCACAAGAGGUGAAUGAAACAGAGGAAGAACAGGUGAACCAAAUGGAGGUAGAAGAGGUGAGAGAGAUAGAGGAAGGAGAGGUAAACGAUCAGCCGAUAGAGGAAGAAGAGGUAAACGACUGUCCGAUAGAGCAAGUUCGGAUGACAGUUCCAAUCUCCGAUGAUCAGACUAUGCCGGCACUGACCUUCCGAACAUGGGUGUUGGGGGUCUUUUCGUGUGCCAUGCUUACCUUCACAAACCAAUUCUUCUCAUUCCGUCAGAACUCGAUAAGCAUUGGAACGAUUUCGGCCCAACUAAUGGUGCUUCCACUGGGAAAGUUGAUGGCUGCGACGCUCCCAGAGAAAACAGUGGUCGUGCCCUUGACUGAUUUUUCGUUCUUGUUGAACCCAGGGCCAUUUAAUAUGAAAGAGCACGUUCUUACCAGUAUCCUUGCUGGUGCUGGAACCGGUAGUGUAUAUACACUACAAAUUGUUACAAUUUGCAAGGUUUUCUACAAGAUGGAAAUCCAACCCCUGCUUGCCAUCUUGUUAACCCUAACCACCCAGAUGGCUGGGUAUGGUUUUGCUGGUCUCUUCAAGAUAUAUCUUGUCGAUUCACCCUACAUGUGGUGGCCAGGCUCCCUUGUCCAGGUGUCCCUGUUUAGGGCACUACAUGAGAAGGAAAGUAGGGUAAAGGGUCGAUUGACAAGGCUUCAGUUCUUCCUCAUAGCCUUCGCCUCUUGCUUCAUUUAUUCUAUUGUCCCAGUCUAUUUCUUUCCUUCAUUAUCUGCAUUAUCUUUCAUUUGUUGGAUAUGGCCCAAGUCAGUCACAGCCCACCAAAUAGGUGGAGGCCUACAUGGUUUGGGCCUCUUUUCAUUUGGGCUUGAUUGGAAUGUGGCGUCCGCCAUUCUUGGAAGUCCAUUGGCCUACCCCCCCUAUUCUAUUCUAUGUUCGCUUGUGGGUGCCUUCCUUGCACUUUAUGUUGCAGUCCCGUUGGUGUAUUGGACAAAUGGCUUUGAAGCCAAGAGAUUUCCCAUAUUUUCAAGUAAUACCUUUGAUCAAUCUGGAAAACCUUACAAUGUCCUACGGAUAUUGGACAGGAAGACAUUCAUAUUUGACAUACAAGCGUAUAACAAUUAUAGUAAAUUAUAUCUCAGUACCAUAUUUGUAUUUGCUUAUGGUAUGAGUUUUGCGACAUUAGCUGCGACUCUCUCCCAUGUUGCCCUUUUUAAUGGAAGAUCGAUUUGGAGACAGAUGAAGUCAAGCAUGCAAGACAAGACUGGAGAUGUCCAUAACAGGAUAGUGAAGAAGUAUGACUCAGUCCCACAAUGGUGGUUUUACACAAUCUUUGUAGUUGUGCUUGCAUUUUCCAUUUUUGCAUGUGAAGGCUUUGGUGGAAAACUUCAACUUCCUUAUUGGGGUGUGCUAUUAGCCAUCACUUUGGGUCUAGUUUUUACACUGCCUAUUGGUGUAAUAGCAGCAACUACAAACCAAGAACCUGGACUGAGUGUGAUCGCCGAGCUAAUUAUUGGUUAUCUCUACCCAGGGAGACCAAUUGCCAAUGUAGUUUUCAAGACCUACGGUCACUUGAGCUUGAAUCAUUCAAUAUAUUUCCUUUAUGAUUUAAAGCUGGGACACUACAUGAAGAUCCCUCCUAAGUCCAUGUUCUUAGUUCAGAUGGUAGGGACAUUGAUCUACAACAUGAUUGGAUUUGGCACAGCUUGGUGGCUUCUUACUAGUGUGGAGAACAUCUGUGAUGUUACUAAAUUACCAAAAGGAAGUCCAUGGACAUGCCCAAGGGAAAAUGUCUUUUAUAGUUCUUCAAUUAUAAAUGGUGUGGUGGGUCCACUUCGCAUGUUUGGGAAGCUUGGCGUGUAUGCUAAGUUGAAUUGGUUUUUCCUUUUUGGUUUGAUUUCACCAGUGCCAAUUUGGUGGUUAAGUUGCAAGUUUCCACAACACAAAUGGAUUCAACUCAUCCACAUGCCCCUCAUCUUCUCUAGUGCUGCUGCCUUUCCAGUAAUUAAGGCUGUUCACUUUUGGACUUGGGGUGUUGUUGGGAUCUUUUUCAACAUUUAUGUGUAUGGUAGGUACAAAGGAUGGUGGACUAGGCACAAUUAUGUUCUCUCAGCAGCCUUACAGGCAGGGGCUGCUUUCUUGUCACUUCUUGUCUAUUUUUCUCUCCAAAUGAACGGUAGAUUUGGUUUAGAUUGGUGGGGUGCAGAUGGAGGAGAUCAUUGCCCUUUAGCAACUUGCCCCACAGAUCCAAGGAUUAUGGUUGAUGGCUGCCCAACUGUGUCAUAGGAUAAUUUCUUUCUUUAAUUAUGUGUUUGUGUAUAAAAUAUCAUUUAUUAGCAACACUCAGGAACUGUUACUUAUUCAGUUAAUAUUUAUACCUGUCCAUCAAACUGCA